AUGGCAUCUUCAACUUCCCACAAUCUACGUGGACCGGACGGAUGUCGUUACGAUGAUUCUCUAGAAGUGCUUAAGAUCACAUUGGUCAUACAAGGAAUUAAAAAGAAACUUUUCCAUUCCACCAAUGCUGAUGUUCAGAUACAUAGUGAUCAGAAAAGCAUGUCAUGUACAGUAGAAAUUUUCAAACUAGACAAGAAGACCAGGACGGUCAUUGAUUCACGCUUUUAUCAGGUUCCUCAAUUUCCUGGAGAAAUUAGUUCCGUGGAUUUCAAACUAGAAACUGAUCGUUGUAUUCUCUUCGUCAAAAAGAGAGUUCCUCAAAAAUGGGAAAAUAGCCUAAGCCAGUUAGGGUUGUAA